AUGAGUCUUUUGAAUGGGUCUUUAGACGGAGCGGGCUCUUUACUGGCUCAGAAGCUCCAGGACUCAUCUCUUUCAGCGCGUUUCCCCGUGCUGGAGGAGGUAAGUGCCAUAUUGGAAACUAAAAAACAAGACACUGAAUUGAGUAAGGAUACAGCCAAAGAGGUGUUGUUAGGCCUGUCAAAUAGCUUCAUGUACAUUCGUGAUGAAAAAUCGAUGGUUUUGGUAGUUUCAGUGUUCGAAAAACUAUUUGAUCGUGCGCCGGAGCUGCUCGGAACGUUGCUCACGUCAAUUCACGGCACUGUGGCCAAAUCGCCAGGCUCUCGUGCAGCGGUAGACUACCUCAAUCUGUUGGAGUGGAUCAAUGCAUUGAUCAAGUUUUGCGCUAGCCGCGGCGGCCAGUUUGAAGCUGAAACCGUAGAGUUACUCCAAUUGCUUUGCUUUACCGCCCAUAACAUCGAAUCUGCUACAGAUAGCCAAGAGCACGUUAAGAGCUCAAAAACAAAACAGAACCAGCACCGUAGGAGAAUACGCUAUAGCGUACUGCAAUCGAUAACCAAGACUUUUGUCUACGGGCUGAAAAUCAGCUCCUGCUUCUCAGUCGAGCUUGUCGCUAACAGCACGCUUCAACAAGCCGCAUCCGUCAAGCUACCACCAGCUGGUAUGGUAAUUGUCAUGGGCGCACUUACGAAAGCUGCGUCACAACUCUCAUCUUCGCAGCCAAUCCACCUUGCUGCCUUGGCAAACCAAUUCGUUGUCCCCUUUUGCGAGUAUAUGGGUAAAGACGUACUAUUGACUAAGGAGCCUCCCUCACCUUUUUGCAUCGAAAUGUUCUAUACACCUUUUGCUGAAGAAUUUUUGUCCACUGAGCUUUUCAAAUCGUACCUCCAGCCCAAUUUGGAAAAAUGUAUUUUGAGGUCGUCAGACUUAGGAUUCCCUCUAGCCGGCGAACUUUAUCUCAGCAUCGAUCCACACAAAGUGGACCUUAUUUCAAUUUUUGUAGGCUCAAAACUUAUGAGCCAGUUUUUUGCCUCACUCAAGAGUAACAAAGAAUCUGUUAGACAUGCAGCCUUGCAUUCGGUAAUGGACCUCUUGCGAUCCGUUCCCAAAUCACCUUCGUCAGCAGAAAAUCUACAGAAAUUCAUUGCGGAGGUGUUCAAAAAUUUAAAGUCUAAUUUGAACACUGAUUACAAAGUUAUGAUAUCGCGCUUGUUACAUGCCACGCCCUCCGUUUCGGAAGGUGUUUCGUGUGACAUAAUUUGUGGAUUGUCUCCAUAUUUGUCGAAGGAAGCUAAUGAAACUGCCCUGGCACCGAUGCUAAAGGCCUAUUUCAACCAUUUUUCGAAACUAGGCACGCCUUCAGAGUCGAUCUUGGCUCUCAUCAAGUCAGGACUUAAUGAUAAAAAACAGCAAGUUAGGAAGUUAUGGAUCUCCUCUCUUCUAGAAGUGGUUGAUGAAAAGUCUGUUACCGCCUUAUAUGAUUUCUCGAAAGAAAUCAUAGAAUUUAUACAUGACGUCCUCUCUUCACCAUUCAAAUACUCCCCAAACAAUGUUUUAGGUUGUUUUGUUUGUGUUGAUCGUCUUUCCUGCAUGGGGGGCAACGAAUUAGCCACCGAGGUUUUGUCGUUGUUAAUUGAAAUUAAUCAAACUUCGCACUCCGUGGGCUAUGCUUGGUUGGUAGCGACGACUUCGAGCGAAUUGGAUGCUGAUGAAAGAUCUCUUGGAAUAAAAUUGUUAUCUAACGCGUAUCAAAGAAACCCCACGAUGGUAGGAUUGGCUAUUGUCAAAGCGCUGGAGGAAGAAACAAAAGGAGGAUUUUCCUCUGGGCGGGGUGGUAUGACACUCCGUUAUUCUACUCCGCUAUUUACAACUUUGGGACAAAAGGGGAGUGACCAAAGUGCUAUCAGUAAGGUACUCAUUGAGCUGCUGGUAGUUUCUCAAUAUCCUAAGUUAAAAUUGAAAAACAGUUGGGCAGGUUUAGUCUUACAGGCCAAACUUGACCCCGAAGCGUUGAUUGCACAAUAUGCCGAUGAUGUGAUCCAAAAAUUCAAGUCUCUGACUACUAAGCAAGAUACUGCAUCUUCGCCUUUGGGUGAUGCAGCUGUAAAGUCAGUAUCUUACGCCGCCUUUAUAAACUUUUCGGUCAUGGCUCCACUUAUUGUAAAUGUGAUAGAAGGCGAUUUGAAUGCUGCAAGGUUAACAGCAAUCGACGAAUUACAAUUGAGUAUUUACAAAGGUAAUGAGGGAGAGCUCGUGGUGGACGUCUUAGAAAACAAGAAGAAAUCUUCUGACAACAAAAAUACGAAAGACUAUGAAACUUUGAAGUGGGAAGAAGACAUAAGAAAGAAACAAGCGAAAAAAAACGUUGGCGCCAAAAAAUACUCAAAAGAAGAAAAGGAAUUAGUUGACGCCCAGUUAUCCAAAGAAUCAAGCAUCAGAGAGAGCACAAUUGCUAUUGUAGGAGAAAUCACGCGUAGUUGUGAGUUGAUACAACACUUGAGCAAUGAUGCAUGCUUGUUUGAUAAUGGGGCCAAUACUUGGUUCCCCGUUGCUGUUGCCAGUCUGCUGAAUGCCUUACAGCAAGAUGUGAUUUCAAUACUAUUACCGCGGCAAGGUGUUGAAACAUUUCUGAAAUUAUCUGAAGUUAUUUCCGAUAGGCUGAAGCCCGUCAGAAACUCCUUAGCCCUUGCAACUCUCCGUGCCUAUAACGUGCAGGGAAUGCCCGAAAAUCUGACUGAAGAGCCUUUGCUUGAAUUAAUAUCGAGAGUUUUGUUCCGGAUAAAAUUUGUAUCGAACAAGAAGAAGUUCGAAUCGCUAACCUUGACAUUCCUUUUACCUUUGAUCACAAAAGUGUUGGAGGACGGUAAGGCCAUCUCUUUAAAAAAUUCAAACAAGCCCAUGGUCAAAAGUGAGUUCGUUGAGGAGGACCAAGAAGAAGAACAUCUUUUACUCGCAAUUGAGAUUAUAGGUAGUCAUGCCGAAUCCUUCGCUGAUCCUGCCAUCCCCAGACAAAACAUUUUGGAGGUCUUGCUCUCUUUGCUUUCCGUGGCGUCAAAAGCAAGAUCUGCAAAAGAAUGUUUUCUGGCUCUUUGCCAAAACAUUUCAUUGUCUCCAACUGAACCAGAUUUAAACCUCAUUCUUGGCAGCUUAAUGUCAGCCAACCAGUUUGUCAGAGCAACUAUAUUGGAGGCUAUAGACGAUGAGUUCGAUCUAAGUCCUUACAUGACCUAUUCAUCUGAAAUCUUCAUUUUGAUGCAGGACGCUAGCGAAUCUAAUAGGGAAACUGCGGCUUUCAUUUGGCAACUCAACAAGUUUGAAGUUACGGGUGAGCUCAUGACAGACUUGAUCAGCUUUUUUGCUCAAAAGGAUAGUGGCUUGCGUCUGUUUGUUGCUAAGGCAUAUGCCACUGCCUUGCAGGUCUUGACUACUCAAUCAGAACAGCUGUUUGGUAGGUAUCUAGAGGAGCUAACCAACUUUUAUUCCUUGAAAGCUCGUAGUCCGGAACCAAUUAUUGACGAGUAUGGUUUAGUCAUCGUGUCAUCCGAGGCUCAGAAGGAUUGUUGGGAAGAAAGAAGUACAACUGCGAUUGCUUUUAAAGAAUGUACGCAAGUGUUUCCUAGCGAGAGUGACUAUCCAGUCGAAUUCGUCAAAUUCCUGGUAAAUAGCGGAGCUUUGGGCGAUCGUGAAGCUUUAGUCAGACAAGAGAUGAAAGAGGCGGGUAUAGAAGUCAUUGCCCAUCAUGGAUCGCGCAAUGUCGAGAAUUUAAUACCUGUGUUUGAAGAAGUGUUGGCUAUCAAUCAAGAUAAUUCAACGAAGGAAAAUGUCAUCAUUUUGUAUGGUACUUUAGCAAGAUAUUUGUCUGCGGAAGACGCUAGGGUUAUCACCAUUGUUGAACGCCUGCUUGACUCGCUCGAGACGCCUUCAGAAGAAGUGCAACAAGCAGUUUCAAUCUGUAUCUCACCUUUGGUUGGUCUUUUGGGUUCCAAAAUUGAGAGUUACUUGAGAAAUAUGAUGCAAAAACUGUUGGACCCUAGAGCAAAGUUUCAUUCGAGACGUGGUGCCGCUUGGGGCUUGGCUGGUUUGGUUCAAGGGUUUGGAAUCAGAGCAUUUGCCCAGUUUGACAUUAUUCGCGACCUUAUUGACGCCUCUGAAGACAAAAGAGAGCCGUUGAAGCGAGAAUCGGUUGCUUUUGCUUUUGAAUGUCUUUCCAAAGCUCUAGGAAAGUUUUUUGAGCCUUACGUUAUUGAAGUUCUGCCAAAUAUCUUGAAGAACUUGGGAGACUCGGUUCCUGAGGUAAGGAAUGCCACUGCGAAUGCAACUAAAGCUAUAAUGGCUAAUACUACUGGAUUUGGUGUAAAGAAGCUAAUUCCUGUUGCCGUUAAUAAUUUAGAAGACAUCGCGUGGAGAACAAAGAGAGGUUCCGUAGAGCUACUGGGUAACAUGGCGUACUUAGAUCCUACUCAGCUGUCUGCUUCGCUUUCCACUAUCGUUCCUGAAAUUGUUGCUGUUUUAAACGAUUCUCACAAAGAGGUUCGUAAAGCUGCCGACCAGUCCUUGAAUAGGUUUGGAGAGGUUAUUAGAAAUCCAGAAAUCCAGAAGCUUGUCCCAACUCUUAUCAAAGCUAUUGGUGAUCCAACAAAGUACACUGAGGAGGCCCUGGACGCAUUGAUCCAGACUCAGUUUGUACAUUAUAUUGACGGGCCUUCCUUGGCACUCAUUAUUCAUGUUAUACAUAGAGGUAUGCGUGAGAGAUCUGCCAACACUAAGAGAAAAGCAUGUAAAAUUGUCGGAAAUAUGGCAAUUCUUGUGGAUGCAAAUGACCUUGUGCCGUACUUACAACAAUUGGUUGACGAGGUCGAAACUGCAAUGGUUGACCCAGUCCCUAGUACAAGAGCAACUGCAGCACGGGCUCUUGGUGCUUUAGUCGAGAGGUUAGGCGAGGAGCAAUUCCCACAUCUAAUACCUCGUCUAAUUGCAACAUUAAGUGAUGAUAGUAAGGCUGGUGAUCGUCUGGGCUCGGCUCAAGCACUUUCAGAAGUUAUCAGUGGUAUUGGGCAGUCAAAGCUGGAUGAGUUACUCCCCAGUAUCAUGGCUGGUGUGACCCAUUACAAAUCAUUUGUAAGAGAGGGUUUUAUGCCGUUGCUACUUUUCCUGCCAGUCUGCUUUGGUGCACAAUUUGCUCCUUACAUUAGUCAAAUAAUUCAGCCCAUUCUAGCAGGUUUGGCGGAUCCUGAUGAAAACAUCUCAGAUACAGCCUUAAAAGCAGGCAAGCUCAUUGUAAAGAACUACGCGACGAAAGCAAUCGAUUUGUUACUUCCAGAAUUAGAACUUGGAAUGUUUGAUGAAAAUGAAAGAAUUAGACUCUCUUCUGUGCAAUUGACGAGCGACCUGCUGUUCCAAGUAACAGGAAUUUCGUCUAAAAAUGAGUUUGAUGACGAGGAGACCGACGUCAAUCAUGAGGUUUCUAAGCAGAUGCUUGAAGUUUUGGGCCAAGAACGCCGUGAUAGAAUUCUCUCUUCACUAUUCGUUUGCAGAUCAGACACGUCUGGUGUCGUUCGUGCUACUACUGUGGACGUUUGGAAGGCAAUUGUUCCAAACACGCCACGUACAGUAAAGGAAAUUUUACCUACUCUGACAAGUAUUAUUGUUGUUCAUUUGGCGUCAUCUUCUGCAACACUGCGUCAUAUUGCAGCUCAAACUUUAGGUGAUUUGGUUAGACGUGUGGGUAGCAACGCCUUGUCACAAUUACUACCAACGUUGGAGGCCUCGCUGAUCGAGGCUCGUGGAUCAGAUUCCAAACAGGGGGUCUGUAUUGCUUUAAGGGAAUUGAUACAAUCAUCUUCUCCCGAAUCAUUGGUCGAAUAUCAAGAUAUCAUUGUCAAUAUCAUUCGCAGUACACUUGUUGACGACGACGUUGUUGUUAGAGAGUCUGCAGCUAUGUCUUUUGACGCUUUCCAAGAAGUAUUCGGCAAGACUGCUGUUGACGAGGUUUUGCCUCAUCUGCUCAAUAUGUUGAACUCUUCUGAUGGCUCAGAAUAUGCUCUCUUGGCUUUACAAGAGAUUAUGUCCACGAAGUCAGAAGUAAUAUUCCCAAUUCUUAUCCCGACACUGUUAUCGCCUCCUAUUGAUGAGUUUAGAGCUCGUGCCCUUGGAUCACUGGCACAGGUCGCCGGUUCUGCACUUUACAAGCGUUUGUCCGUAAUUAUAAAUGCUCUUGUGAAUACCAUGGCGGGAACUGUUAGAGAUGAGCAAACUAGAGUCGCUCUAGGCGCUGCCUUGGAACAGGUAUUCUGCUCUGUGGUUGACGAUGAAGGUAUGCAUCCAUUGAUGCAACAAAUUUUGAGCUUGAUGAAAGAUGAGAAUAAAGAAAAGCGUGUCGUAAUUUUACAGCGCUUAGCGAAUUUCUUCGAAGAAACAACGCUCAAAUUUGACAUCUACACUCCCGAAAUUGUUUCACAAUCCAUUUCCUCAUUUGACGAUGAAGAUCCUCGUGUUUUGCAGAGUGUUUUCGACGAACUACUUGUGUUGAUCAAAAAGCAAGAUAAGCCAAUGCUGGAUAAACUGGUAAAGCCGUCCAGACAAGCUUUGCAGCAGUUAGGGAAAGAUGACAAGGAACUUGGCGUUUUCGCAUUAACAAAGGGGCCCAGUUGUAUCUUACCUGUAUUCUUACAUGGUCUCAUGUACGGCUCCAACGAAGAUCGUGAAACUUCUGCUAUGGCUAUUGCAGAUAUCGUCAAGAGAACCCCAGCAACAAAUCUCAAGUCUUUUGUCACCAUCAUUACGGGUCCAUUAAUUCGUGUUGUCGGUGAGAGGUUUUCAAGCGAUGUUAAGGCAGCCAUUCUGUACGCAUUGAAUACCUUAUUUGCCAAGAUUCCUCAGUUCUUAAGACCAUUCAUCCCUCAACUACAGAGAACAUUCGUGAAAUCAUUGUCUGAUCCUUCCCAUGAAAUUUUGCGUUCGCGUGCUGCUAGGGCCCUAGGAUCUCUUAUCGAAUUUCAACCUAGGGUAGACCCGUUGGUUGUUGAGCUGGUUUCUGGCGCCAAACAGGCCACUGACGACGGUGUAAAGACAGCGAUGGUAAAAGCGUUACUUGAAAUUGUUUCAAAAGCUGGAUCGAAGCUGAGUGAAAGCUCCAAGAGUACCAUUGUCAACUUGGUGGAGGAGCAAAUUUUAACAGUGGAUGAUAAAUUAGCUACGGCGUACGCUAAAUUGAUCGGAUCGCUAUCCGGAAUCAUGACCAAGGACGAGGCAGCUUCGAUUUUGAAAGACAAAGUUCUCGAAGUUGAUAUUGGAGGCGAAGCAGGCCGCUUCGCUAUCUUGACCUUAAAUUCAUUUUUGAGAGACGCGCCUGCGCACAUUCUGCAGUCUGAAUUUACAUCGGAUUUCGUCAGUUAUCUGAUAGAUGCGGCCACUUCUAAACUUCCUUAUAUUUCCGACAAUGCUUUAACAGCGAUCGGUAAGCUAUUACUUCUGGUGGGUGAGAGUAAAUCACCAUUUUCUGGUAGAGAGUCAGAGAGCUCAUUUUCUGGUAGAGAGUCAGAGAGCUCAUUUUCAUUAGCCGAAGAGGAUAUUGGAGCACUCGUCAAGGUUCUUUGUCAGAAUAUGCUCCGUCCUGCGAGUAAUUCACUCGACUCUAGAAGAAUGUCUCUAGUUGUUGUGAGAACAGUGGCAAGAUUCAAAUUUCAGAGCUGCAUCAGACCCUUUUAUGAUCAAUUGGGUCCGUCGAUUUUCUCUUGCCUGCGUGAUGUUAUCAUUCCCGUUAAGUUAGCAGCCGAAAAAGCUUAUUUGGCAGUUUUCAGACUAGUCGAAGAACGGGACAUGGAGACGUUUGAGAGUUGGUUCUCUCAGUUGUCGGGUUCUGUUGUGGAAGACAGCUUAGGAAAUUCAAUUCCUCUCAGAUCGAUCGGAGACUACACAAGGCGUGUAGGCAAAAGAUUGGCAGGCGUAGAAAGAGACAGAAUAGCAGCUGGCGGUGACCCAGAAACAGUCUUUUCUGACAGGUUUGAGGAUGAAUCUGAAAUUUGGGCAGUUGGGGGUGUUGAGCUGGUGAAAGACGCCUGA